AUGUCCGCCACGGCCGCAGCCCCGAGGGCAAUGUCACAGUCCGUCACGGCUAGAAGGAAGAUGAGAAAGGGGACGCAUAGCUGCAGUGAAUGUCGAAGGAGAAAAAUAAAAUGCAAGUUCCACCCUGGAACUGCCUCCCCUUGUAUCCCGUGUGCUGCCCGUGGGUCUCGCUGUCUCGAUCAGCGAAAUGCGACUCCAGUGAACGAGAGCAAUAUUAAUACCGAAAGUGUGAGCUUGAGGGAAAGGGUAGCUGUUCUCGAAAAGAUGGUCAGAAAUCACGCUGUAAGGCAUGAGCCGACCCUAGGUCAUGAAGAGUUUGAUAUUGAGGACGAGCUAGUCGAGGCUGAUGAAAGGGCACCCUUUGUGUCCAUGCUCAACAAAGCCGAGGUAUGUUGGAAGUUGAUUCUCGAUUAUGAUGGCCCGCUGAUUGUUUCUGAGGCGUUAGAGGAAAGUCAUUUUCAAAUAACUCAGCCUAUUCAGGAAACUCCAUCUCGCACAGGUCCCCCAUUCUACACGCAGAGCUCAAGUGAAGCAUGCUUGAAACUUCGCUCGGCUCUACCAGAAUAUGAUCUCUUGAUAUCUACUCUGUCUCAGAAUGGGGCCUGGUGGAGCAGCUUUCGUCAGAAGGUUCAGGUCAUCUGCCAGGGAACUUACCAAGACCUGGCCGCGUUUGCUGCGCGUGCCUAUACGAGCAGUGACCCUGCCGAACUUGGCAUGCUUGUUGUUGCCUAUGCACGUAGCACGGGCAAUAAACAUAAUCUAUACGGGCUCGUUGAUAGACUGGCCAUUCCAGAUUCGGCGCUCUCUUACUCUGCCGAGGCAAUGGAGCUUCUUCUGUUGUUGGCUAAGGCCUACAGUGAUAUUGGUCAACCUCGACAGUCUUGGAUGAUGUAUAGGAAGGGUCUUGCUAUUUCGGAAGUUAUGACGAGAAAUUGUUUCCCCUCGUCUGAAGAGUAUCUGGUGGGAUUUUACCACGGAGAUCGCUUUUCAAGUCUUCUUCUUGGCAUUCCAUAUGGAUUCAACGACGCUCAUCUUGGUCCAAGCGUGGAACCAUAUAACGUGCCUACAUACCCAGAACAGCGGUUCGUUUUGCGGUGUGCUUCCAUCGCAGGAAAGAUCAUUGACCGAAAUAUGAUGCCCGGGAAGCCAUCCUCUGCAAGUUCAAUGCUCCUCGAUGAACAAAUGGAUACCAUCGCUUCUUCUAUGCCCUUGAGCUGGUGGGAUUUACCCGAGUCACUUCCAAACUGCCAUGCCGAAACGGAUGAGCUGAGAAACGUUUUGCUCUUGCAUUUUUACUUCUUUCAUGUCAGAAUUAACCUCCAUCUGCCAUUCAUCGUCGGCACAGAGAUGACAUCUGCUCGAAGCUCUCACAGACUGGCAUGCUUGGAAGCUUCUCGGCAGCUGCUUAAACGUUUUACCCUUUUGCGUACUGAAAUCCAGGGCUUCAGUAUCUUUGACUGUAAAACAAGCGACUUCGUCGGAUUCAUGGCGUGUGUAUCUCUGAUCCUAUGUCUGUCGCAACCUCGGUCAGACGAGAUCACCGUUCCGGUUCCAGACGAAGAUCAGGACCUGAUUGCACAAGUCAAAAGCAUAUUUGAAAGAGAAGAGAAGGCAGGAUGUAAGGUUGCUUGUCAAUGUCGAAGGAUGCUUAACAUAUUAUCCGGCAUUACCCUCGUCAGUGACGAAAGCGCAUCGAGCCAACUACCAGAUAGAAUUGCGAUCCCCCACUUCGGAUAUGUCCGGCGGGAUGUAGUUCAACAGGCUGGGUUGCAAGCCACAGCAGGGGCCUCAGUGGUACGCUCCACUACGCAGAGGAUGACAGCGGCCCCAGUCGUCUCGAGCGAUGGUCUGGGUGGGCUAGGAACUGGAUCUGGAAGUUGCAAUUGGUCAGAGACAGUGGAUACUGGAAUAUGUUGGGAGUUUGGUGAGCUUGAACAUUUUCAGAUUGAUGAUGAUCUGUCAUCAUGGCUGGACACUGCGAUGCUGGACGUGAAUUUAGAAUGGGACAUGCCGUUAAGUGGAUUUUUCCCCCACAACCCGUCCCUUUAG